AUGAAUAUCGAUAGGCCUGAAGCUUUGGAACGUGACGAGCUCAUUUACCUUGCUCGUCUAGCUGAGCAAUCAGAACGUUAUGAAGAAAUGGUAGCCUAUGUCAAAGCUUUUGUUAAGAAGUCUAGUCAAGAUCUCUCAGUUGAAGAGCGUAACAUCCUUUCAGUCGCAUAUAAAAAUGUGGUUGGCGCCCGCCGAACAUCAUGGAGAGUUCUUAACUCGAUUGAGCAAAAAGAAGAAAGAAGAGGCAACUCUGCCCACAAAACUUCAGCUGGCCAGUACAAAUCUGAUGUAGAGUCUGAGCUGAGAAGGCACUGUGACGACGUUUUGAAUGUGAUUGACACUGAUUUAAUUCCCAAAGUCGGCAAUUCUGAAUCAAGAGUCUUUUACCUCAAAAUGAAAGGUGACUACUACCGCUACAUGGCAGAGCUUGAACAAGCUGCAGCUCAAAGUCAAACUGCUAUAAGGGCUGGUGAAAGCUAUCAGGCAGCUUUGGAUAUUGCGAAAAAUGAACUCCCACCUACACAUCCUACAAGACUUGGACUUGCUUUGAAUUUCUCAGUCUUCAACUAUGAAAUCAAGAAAGAAAACGACAAAGCUUGUGAAAUGGCCAAAGCAGCAUUCGAUGAAGCUAUACCAGAGCUGGAUAAUAUUUCAGAAGAAAGUUAUAAGGACUCAACCUUGAUUUUGCAGCUUCUUAGAGAUAAUAUCACCUUAUGGACAUCUGGUGAGCAAGAAAACUAA